AAUGAGAAAACAAAACAAUGUCCCUUUUCCGAAAACCGAAAAAAAACAUCGUACAGCGGCGAGUAUUCACUGAAAACGACGACGAAGAAGAUGGAGAGCCCAUGGAAGUCGAAGAAAUUCGCCAGCACGACAAAAAACCCAAGAAAAAGGACAAAGAAAAGAAACCAAAACAGACUUUGCUUAGUUUUGAGACUGAGGAAGAGGGCGAAGUCUUUCAGGUAAAAAAAUCAUCUCACCACAAAAAAGUAAUGCGAAUGUUUGAGAAGGAAAAAAAGAAGAAGGGCAAAGACAAAUACGAAAAAGAGGAACCGAAAAUCAAGGAAGAAAAAACCGAAGUGGUUACAGACGAUUUAGUUUUGGUUGUGAAUCAAAAUUACAAGAAACCACCCACGCCUCCUCCACCCAUUCUAACUGGCAGAGAAGCUCUUUGUGCAGGCAAAGAUGAUCUAUCUUCCGACGAAGAAGAAGAAUCUGCACCAACCAGACACAGAUUUUCCAAACCAGAAAACGUCAAGAAGGUUCUAGAAUCAGGUGCCAUUCCAGAUGCGGCAAUGAUACAUGCAGCCAGAAAAAAACGUCAAAGGGCUAGAGAAAUGGGGGACUUUAUUCCUGUUGAAGAUGAAGAGCCAGAGGACACAGGUCGUCUAGUGAGAGAUGAUGAUAAUGAAGAAAGUGACGAAGAGAGAAUCGAUAUGAACAUAAAUUUAGCUAAAAAAGAGCAAGACAGGCGCAGGGAACAAUUUAUGCAAGCUCAAGAAUCUGACCAUGAAUUGGACGAGUGGGAAGAUCAGCAAAUUCGUAAAGGAGUGACUGGGGCAGCAAUGACAGCAGCUCAAGAUAUGAUGUUAGCAGAAUACCAAGCAGAAAAAGAAGCUCAAAAUAAAGUUAAAGCUCAACCUCCCCUCAUAGACCCUGAUAUUCCUAGAACACCAGAAAUGAUAGCAGACAAAUUGAGAGAACAUUAUAGAGAUGUAUGUAACUCCAGAGAUGAUAAUUUAUUAAAAUUGAAAAAACUCCAUGAAGACAUUGAACAAUCAACAGAAGAACUUGAAGAAUUGAAAAUCAGAGCACCAGAAGCAGCAACCAAAUUUAGAUUUUACCAAGAACUAAGAGGCUACAUUACUGAUUUAGUGGAAUGUUUAGAUGAAAAAAUCAGUAGAAUAACCACCUUGGAACAAAGAGCUUUAGAUGUUAUGGCAGCCAUGUCAAAGUUUCUUAUUGAGCGCCGAAGGCAAGAUGUUAGAGAUCAAGCUGAUGAAGCUACCAACAAAGGAAUAAUAAAAGAUGAAGAAAAAAUUCGUAGAGCUGCAGAAAGAGAAGGCAGAAGAUCCAGGCGUAGGAGAGCUAGGGAAGCAUCUAGUACUCCUGCAAUAGCUAAACAUGUAGAAGGCAUGUCAAGCGAUGAAGAAAUGUCCCAGCAAGACUUGUUAUUUUUUGAUAAAGAGAAGCAAGACAUUGAGCAAGAGUUGCAAGAAAUUUUUGAGGAUGUUGUUGAAGAUUAUUCUUCAAUAGUAAGCAUUCUUAUAAGAUUUGAACAUUGGAGAAGUAAGGAUCCUUUAGCUUAUAAUGAGGCUUAUGCUUCACUCUGCCUACCAAAAGUUGUAAGUCCUUUGAUAAGAUUAAAAUUAAUUUUUUGGAAUCCUUUGAAUGAAACUAAUGAAAUAGAAAAAAUGGAUUGGUAUAGGACUUUGGCCUUGUACGGAUUGCACGAUGAUGAAACUGAAAACAGCUUAGCCAAGGAUCCUGAUAUUACUCUUUUACCAACAGUAGUAGAAAAAGUUUUAGUUCCAAAAUUAACCAAGUUAGUUGAUAAUUGUUGGGAUCCUUUGUCCAGUUCUCAAACUUUAAGGCUCAUUGGCUGUGUAGGAAGAUUUAUACGGAAAUAUCCCAGUUUAGGGCCUGAAAGCAAAAGCCUAAAUAAUUUAUUUAACUCUAUUUUAUACAAAAUGAAAUUGGCUUUGGACAAUGACGUUUUCAUUCCAGUAACUCCAAAAAUAGCUGAUAGUAAAAAUCAAUAUUUUCAAAGACAAUUUGCCAGCGGUUUGAAGUUGUUGAAAAACAUCACAAGUUGGCAAGGGAUUAUUAAUGAAGCUAAACUUAAACAAUUAGCACUAACAUGUCUGUUGAAUAGAUAUUUGUUGAGUGCUUUAAAGUUUUGUGCUCUAACUGAUGCAGGAUUGAAAGUGAGGCUGAUCAGUCAAGUAUUACCCAGAGUGUGGCUUCAAGAAAGCACGCCCGAAUUUGAAAUGUUUACUUUGGCUAUUAGUAAUUUGCAAAAUCAGUUGGAUAAGAACAAUCCAUUGCAUUUAGAGGCUAUAGAUAUUUUGAGUGGGAUUAUGAAAACACUUAGAAAUGCUCAGAAACAAUAAAUUUGAUAUUAAGUAAUUAAAAUAUAGGUAUUUUUUUUUGUAUUUUUCCUGCUUGAUAUAAUAUAUUAAAUUUAAAAAACAAAAUAACUGAAAAUAUUGACACUUAAGUUAAUCAUCAUCAGAUUCUUCUUUCUUUGCUUCAGCUUCAGGUUGCUUAUAAUGCCUGUAUUCAGGCUUCAAUUCCCACAUAUUCUUGUGAGGGUUCUUCAAGUUAUAAUUGCACACUUCUUUUAGGAUUUCCUUCAAGUACGUAAUUGGCUGUUUUGUGAUUUUCACUAAAUCUUUAAUAUUAUAAUAUUGAUGCUUUUCGAAUGCGGAAAACAACAUUUCCAAGACAGAGUCUUUGUCGUCGCGGGCCUUUUUGCCUUCUGCUUUU